GUUUAGUCACACCUGAUAAAUCUCCUCUCUUUUACUGAAAUGCUUUCCAAUGGGACAUUGCAGCAAUUAUACGAAGUAGCCAAAAGUUACCUCUCCAGGAAACUUCGGACGAACUAACACUAGGUUAUUUAUAGGUAGGUAAGUGACAAUACUAAAAGCAGACAUACAUAUAUUUGAUAGUGGGCACUGGAAAAAGAUUUUAUAUAGAUUGGUCUAUUUAUAGCUUUUUAGAACAUUCUUAAUGGCAGAACCUCUAUUGAACAGCAGUGCACUGAUGAUAGGAAACAGAAAAAAGCAAAAAAUAAGGACAUACUUGAGAACCAUGGAAAACUGAGAAGGGGGGGGUCUGGGAUGGGUUAAAUAGUUCAGGAACUGAGAGAGAGAAGGCAGUAAGUCGUUCCUUAAAAAAUAAACAUGGCAGGCAGGGAAAGGAGCAAGGUGUGUGUAGGGUGAAUAACAGAAGGAACUCGCUCACAGGCUCCUUUACCUUAUUAUCUAGCAACCAGCAUAAGAAAACAAAUAAAUAAGGAAGGCAGUAAGGAGUAAUACUUCCCCCCUCCCACCUGUAAAUGUCAAAGCAAAGCAGAGAGCAAAUUAAGGGAGGGUGGUGGGCGCUGGACAGCAGGCAGGAAGAAGCAAAGUGAAAGCAGUGGCUGCUCUGCGAACCAUGUGACUUCUCUCCUCCUGACGUCACACACAUGAGCCGAUAGGGGAGGGGGAGGACACAUCAAGAUCCUCAUGUCGCAGUGUGACUUGGCUUUGUAACGCAGAGUGGCUGCCCCCAAGCACUAAUAUGUAAUACAUCUGUGACUCUUUCCGGAUGUUCAAAUGCGCUUGUCUAGCAAAUGACUACAUUUCCCAGUAGCAUCUAACUGUGUAUGUCGGAAGUCACAUGGCCCCAAACAUCUGACAACAAGGUUGUGAUGGAUGAGUACCAAGAUUGAGGUUCCCUAAUGAUCACGGACGCAGCUCAGUUCCAGCGAGAAGGAACGAGAAAGAGGCUCCGGCUCGGGGAUGCAGCGUUGCUGCUUGGGACACUGACCUGCCCUAGUAACGAUACACUUCCUUUCUCUACCUGUCAAUCACGGACAGCCGGCACCUUCCCUGUUUUAGCGAUCGCUUGUAUGAAAGGAGCACCUUCACAUCCGGGUGUCCCACUUACUGCUUAGGAACUGCUGAGCCUCUUCAUCGCAUUCUGAGGUGGAAUAUUGUUUCUUUGGGGGCUGAGCUCCCCUUAGGAUGGAGAGAGCAAUGGAGCAACUCAAUCGCCUCACACGCUCCCUGCGCAGAGCCCGCACCGUGGAACUGCCUGAAGAUAAUGAAACUGCUGUUUACACCUUAAUGCCGAUGGUAAUGGCUGAUCAACAUAGGUCUGUUUUGGAAUUACUUUCAAAUUCAAAAUUUGAUGUCAACUAUGCCUUUGGAAGAGUUAAACGAAGUUUACUUCAUAUUGCUGCCAAUUGUGGAUCAGUGGAAUGCCUGGUUUUGCUUUUAAAAAGAGGAGCAGAUCCCAACUACCAGGAUAUUUCUGGAUGUACACCUCUUCACUUAGCGGCUCGGAAUGGGCAGAAGAAGUGCAUGAGUAAACUGUUAGAAUACAAUGCUGAUGUCAACAUUUGUAAUAAUGAGGGACUCACUGCUAUUCACUGGCUUGCUGUGAAUGGUCGAACUGAACUUCUUCAUGACCUUGUACAACAUGUCACUAAUGUGGAUGUAGAAGAUGCGAUGGGGCAGACUGCACUUCAUGUGGCAUGUCAGAAUGGACACAAAACGACUGUCUUGUGCUUGUUGGACAGUGGAGCAGAUAUAAACAGACCAAAUGUAUCAGGAGCUACUCCAUUAUAUUUUGCAUGCAGCCACGGCCAGAGGGAUACAGCACAGAUUCUUUUACUGCGUGGUGCAAAGUACUUGCCAGAUAAGAAUGGUGUUACACCUCUGGAUCUCUGUGUGCAGGGUGGAUACGGUGAAACUUGUGACAUUCUUAUACAGCAUCACCCAAGGUUGUUUCAGACCCUAAUCCAAAUGACUCAGAACGAGGAGCUCCGUGAAAACAUGUUAAGGCAGGUUCUUGAACAUUUGUCUCAGCAAAGUGAAGUCCAGUAUCUGAAGAUACUCACAGGCCUUGCAGAAGUAGCCACAACAAAUGGUCACAAACUCCUAAGUAUCUCAAGUAGUUAUGAAGCUCAAAUGAAGAGUCUGCUGAGGAUUGUACGGAUUUUCUGCCAUGUUUUUCGUAUUGGCCCAUCUUCCCCUAAUAAUGGAAAUGACAUGGGCUACAAUGGAAACAAAACUCCUCGAAACCAGGUGUUCAAGCCUCUAGAAUUGCUUUGGCAUUCUUUAGAUGAAUGGUUAGUGCUCAUCGCCACAGAAUUAACCAAGAACAAAAGGGACUCCUCCAACAUCGCUUGCAUUUUACUAAAGCAAAGUCCACUGGAUCAGCAAGAUAUUUCUUUAGCUCAUCAAUCAGCCAUUGGUGAAAGUGGAAAUCAUGACCAUCUAUUAGCAUCAACAAGAGCAGGAGACUUAGAGAGCUGCAGUGCUAUUGGAAUUCAGGAACCAGUUGCAGAUGGUCAGGAUGUUAUCUCAAUGACCGCAAAUCGACUGAGUGCUGUUAUUCAAGCCUUCUACAUGUGCUGCUCUUGCCAAAUGCCUCAGGGCAUGACAUCCCCACGUUUUAUAGAAUUUGUCUGCAAGCAUGACGAAGUUCUUAAAUGUUUUGUGACAAGGAAUCCAAAAAUAAUAUUUGACCACUUCCAUUUUCUUCUGGAGUGCCCUGAAUUAAUGUCUCGGUUUAUGCAUAUCAUAAAAGCACAGCCUUUUAAAGAACGGUGUGAAUGGUUUUAUGAACACUUACUUGCUGGACAGCCUGAUACAGAUAUGGUUCAUAGACCUGUAAAUGAGAAUGAUAUACUGCUGGUUCAUAGAGAUUCUAUUUUUAGGAGUAGCUGUGAAGUGGUGUUUAAAUCCAACUGUGAAAAACUAAAGCAAGGGAUUGCUGUGCGUUUUCAUGGAGAAGAAGGCAUGGGCCAAGGAGUUGUAAGGGAAUGGUUUGAUAUAUUGUCUUCUGAAAUGAUCAAUCCUGACUAUGCUCUCUUCACACAGUCAGCAGACGGAACAACCUUCCAGCCAAACAGCAACUCUUCUGUAAAUCCAGACCAUCUCAACUACUUCAGAUUUGCAGGGGAAAUCCUGGGCUUGGCUCUCUAUCAUAGACAACUGGUCAACAUUUAUUUCACCAGGUCAUUUUACAAGCACAUCCUUGGUAUUCCUGUAAAUUAUCAGGACGUAGCCUCCAUUGACCCAGAAUACGCAAAGAACCUGCAGUGGAUAUUAGAUAACGAUAUUAGUGACUUAGGACUGGAACUCACUUUCUCAGUUGAGACAGAUGUGUUUGGAGCUAUGGAGGAAGUCCCUUUAAAGCCUGGAGGAGCAAGCAUCCUUGUUACUCAAGAGAACAAGGCAGAAUACGUCCAGCUUGUUACUGAGCUUCGCAUGACAAGAGCAAUUCAACCUCAGAUCAAUGGAUUUUUGCAGGGGUUUCACAUGUUUAUUCCACCUUCCCUUAUACAACUAUUUGAUGAAUAUGAGCUGGAGCUGCUUCUGUCUGGCAUGCCAGAAAUUGAUGUGAAUGACUGGAUGAAAAAUACAGAAUAUACAAGUGGCUAUGAAAGGGAUGACCAAGUAAUUCAGUGGUUUUGGGAAGUUGUACAGGAGCUAACUCAAGAGGAGAGAGUCUUGCUUUUACAGUUUGUAACAGGCAGUUCCAGGGUACCCCAUGGGGGUUUUGCAUAUAUCAUGGGUGGAAGUGGGCUACAAAAUUUCACCAUAGCAGCAGUAGCAUAUACAGCAAAUCUACUGCCUACAUCAAGCACAUGCAUCAACAUGCUAAAAUUGCCUGAGUACCCAAGUAAAGAAAUCCUUAAAGACAGGCUUCUGGUGGCAUUGCAUUGUGGAAGCUACGGCUACACAAUGGCAUAAUGAAGAAAGUAAAACUCAUCUGACUACUGAUGCGCAAUUCAGACUGGCAGAAGCAAUUUAGAAAACUGUCAAGAGGAAAACAAGCUGGAUAUUGCCCACAGGCAGGGCUGACUUUCAAAAGAUUUGUAAAGUACCUUUUUUCCCCUAGAUUAACCAUUGCUUAUGGGGAUGUGUGAUUCUGUUUUUAUUUAAAUGCUGACAAAAUCAAUGAGUUUACUCUCUGUUAUCAGUGAUUUUUUUUUUUUAACUAGAGAUGUACUUUACAAAUUGCCUUGUUUUCAAAUUGUUUUAAAUUUGAUUUGCAUUUUCUUUUAUAUGCCAAAAUGAACACUAGUGUAUUUUAUCUUUUAUUGGGAAGAGGUUAGUGGUAUGAUUGUUGUGUGGGCAAUGCAAGUGUUCUGGGGGAAAAAACAGCACAUUAUUUUGUCUUUCCAACUCUUAUCUUUUUGCCAUCUUAAUGCAUCUGUGCUGAAAAAUGACUAAACUUUAUUUUAAGCUGACCACAAAGAUGACAAUUUCCCCUGUAUUUUAGUUUGCAUAAUUUGUAUUAUCAUACAUCUUUCAAUGUUUUUGUUUAUGCAUAUUUUGUUUAGAAAUAGUUUUUAGUUGACCCUGAUUAUGAUGCAGUUGUGUUAAUAUAUCUUUUAUCAUAGGCAAAAUGUGCUUUUUAUUCUGUAUAUUUUUGCUUAUUUUGUUAUCUGACAUUUCUUGUGCAAAGAAAUCUGAAAUGUAUUUUUGUACAGAGACAUUUGCAGAAAUGUAUAAAACACUUUAUAAAUUGUAUUUAAUACAGUGACACUAAAUACAAA